CAGCCCUUCGCUCCCUACCCUCCCCCCCUCUCUUCCGCCCGCGGCGGCUCAGACUUAAACCCUAGAGCCGCUCCCCUCCUCGCCUCCGAAGCGCUCGCCGCCCGAUUCGCCAAUCCCCAAUCCCCCCUUGGAGGCGCUCCCCCGAAGGGCCUGCUGCUGCCUGUCAUGGCUCGCGUCUACGUGGGGAAUCUGGAUCCGCGCGCCACUGCGCGCGAGAUCGAGGACGAGUUCCGCGUGUUUGGGGUUCUCAAGAGUGUGUGGGUUGCUAGAAAGCCACCAGGAUUUGCUUUCAUCGACUUCGAUGAGACCAGGGACGCAAAGGAUGCAAUUCGUGAAUUGGAUGGUAAGAAUGGGUGGAGAGUUGAGCUGUCAACCAAAUCUGGCAGUGGCCGUGGCCGAGAACGUGAACGCUCUGGAGGUUCUGAUAUGAAGUGCUAUGAGUGUGGUGAAAGUGGUCACUUUGCACGAGAAUGUCGCCUACGGAUUGGUUCUGGGGGCCUGGGUAGCGGAAGACGCCGCAGCCGAAGCCCGAGGCACCGCAGCCGCAGCCGUAGCCGUAGCCCAAGAUACCGCAGGAGCCCAAGCUAUGGUAGAAGGAGCUACAGCCCACGGGAUCGGUCUCCCAGGAAGCGAAGUUACAGCAGAUCACCACCGCCUCCCCGCGCGCGGAGCAUCACCAGGUCUCCGCCGCCUGCCCGCGCACGAAGCAUCAGCAGGUCACCACCGCCUGCCCGUGGGCGAAGCAUCAACAGGUCACCACCGCCUACCCGUGCACGAAGCAUCAGCAGGUCACCUCCGCCUCCUCGCGCCAGAAGCAUCAGCAGGUCACCACCGCCUCCUCGUGCCAGAAGCAUCAGCAGGUCACCACCACCUCCUCGUGCCAGAAGCAUGAGCAAGUCACCACCACCUGCUCGUGAACAGAGCUAUAGCAGGUCCCCUGCACAGCCACCCCAGCGUGAGGAGUCCCCUUAUGCUAAUAACGCGUGAGCACUUAGUUCCACAAUGCUGGAAGUGUUGUGGGGUGGGGGCCUCCGCUUGUUUCCCUGAAUGUUUUGGUAUGACUAUUGAAUUGCCAGGCGACCGAGUAUGUUCUUCGUUGGCAUUUUUUUUUGCUGCUGAUACAAUUGCGGAAGCAGGAUUUCUCUUGACUGGAUGACUCUAGCGUAUGUAGUUGGUCUUAAGACAAGAUGUGUUUUUCUUCUGUAACAUUUGUACUGAUGGAUUAUUUGGAUGCGGUGCAUGGAUAUUUAUGUGCUGAAACCGUUUCUUGAA